AUGGUUCGUUUUUAUACAUUGAUAUUUGCUGCCUUUGCAACUGUCAACGCUUUGGCACCUGAAGUAGCCAGUAGGAUAAAGACAGAGCUGGCCGAUGGAAAGAUCACUUCGAAAGUCUUUCCUGAAUUUGAGCCCAAGGUAGACCUUCAAGUCUUUUAUCAAGGUAAACCUAUACAAAAUGGUAUGGAGCUCGCCGCAGAAGAAGUCAGCCAGUCUCCCCAAGUAUCAUUUGAGCUAAUGGACGAUAAUAAGCAAUAUACUGUUGUUCUCUUUGAUGCGCAAACACGUGUUUAUCAUUGGAUAGUGACCAACAUUCAUGGUAACGAGGCUGGACAAACCGAAGCACGUACUCAGGUCCACUAUACGCCACCUAUACCUAGCCAUCGCUACGUAUUUGCUCUCUUCGAACAAUCAGAGAAGGAUCAAUUUAUGGUCGUGAACGAUUACUUUGACAUCAACCAAUUGACCAAUCAAAACCGUCUCGAGCUUCUUGGAGCUGUUUACAUGAAGCAGAUGUCUAGUAGAAAGGCACGUAGCAGGGAAGUUCAGAAAAGCGCCCCUGCCCCUGAGUUGGAUACCUUUUUGAAUAAUCUUAUGGAAAAUGUACAAGGAUUUUUGAAAGAUAUGGGUGUUGAAGUUCGUACACAUAGCUCUGCUAUUGCUCCCAGCGCCUCUCAUUCCAUUCAGGAGGCAUCUGCCAGUCAUGUUCGCAAUGCCUUGCCUACCUUCCUAGCUCAUCCAGAAUCACUUUAUAGUGCUUUCCUCGAGAAUGACCAAAACCCUAUUCAUAUGGUUGAACAUGCUCUCAGUAAGGUCCUUCAUUACCAUGAUCUCAGCUCCUCAAUGCCUGUUCUUUUAGCAACGCCUACUCCAAGCAGCCUUGAAGCACCUGCUCCAACAAACAAGCCUAAUGCUAUUUUUUCUAAAAGUGACCAAAACGUAGACCCUUGGUAUCUCGAUGGACUCUUGAGCAUUGUCGGUAAUAUCAUGGAUCUUCACAAGAAAGCAGAAGAUCAAAGGAAGAAAGAAGAGGAACAGAAUACCAUGAACAAAGGCACACAAGCGCAACAGUAA